CUCCAAUCCAGUUAAUUAAACCAUUUUGGGAACGCUAUCCUCACCACUGUCUUAAAAAUAUCUCCCCGCAUCGCACCCCAAGCGCGUGAUCACACCGCAAUAAUCCAACGGUCAGAAAUCCCCCGUCGAUCGCACUCGCUGAAGCUGCCGAAUCCAUAGCCCAAAUAUAGCUAUUCUGAGAUAUUUAUCUCGUGCGCCGCUGGGUCACCAGAAAUUCAACGUACCCCCUCCUGGAUGGCGCCAUGUGUCCAAUCCUCGAUUGAGAAUGCACACAUCCUCACAACGGUCAUAUCAACGGCUAGGAUUUAACCACGUGUGCGUCCCCGAUUCCGGAUGAAAAAUCCUUUUGUCGCUUUUUUGGUAGUUUUCGGUAUUAUCUCACUGUUCGAAGGAAGGAAGGCGUCGUGGCGGUUAAGCUCUGGAGCAUAUUGGAUUUUUUAGAGCGAGAAAACGCGGCUAGGAGGAAUGGCGGAGACUCAGCUUGGACCAAAAGACGAUGUCGUUUCGGUGGAGCUUCCCGCACCUGCUUCCUGGAAAAAAUUUUAUUUGCCGAAAAGGGGAGGCACCCCAAGGAAGAACGAGAUCUUAUUUAUUGCUCCGACUGGGGAGGAGAUUACCAACCGCAAACAGCUCGAGCAAUACCUGAAAACCCAUGAAGGAGGGCCAUCACUAGCAGAAUUCGACUGGGGCACUGGCGAAACUCCGAGACGAUCAGCGAGGAUCAGCGAGAAGGUCAGGGCAACCCCUCCAUCGAGGGAACUCGAGCCACCUGUGAAGCGAGGCAAAAGAUCCGCCUCUAAGAAGAAAGAAAAGCCGACAAUCGAUGAGGGCGCGAAAGAAACUGAAAUGCAAGAGGCUGGAAGUGACGACAAAAAGGAGAACGAGGCAAAGGAAACUGAACCCAAAAUCGAUGAGAAAAAAGACGAAGGAAAGGAAACUGAGGCCAAGAGUGACGAGAAGCUUCCGGAAGAUUUACCCACAAAGGAAACGGAGGCGGAGAUAGAGAAGGACGUAUCUAUGCAGGAUGCUGAGAAAGAUGGCAAGACCGAGACUCUUGAGAACCAUGAGACUGGAAAAGAGAAUGGGACUGAAGACUCUACAAAUGUCGAAGAGAAACUGGUAGUCGACAAACCGGAGGAUAAGCUCAAUGCAGAAGAAGCCAACGGAGCCCAUCCCGAGAACAUCAACUGUGCAGCAGCAGAAGCGCCGCAAUCUGCUACAGAACCAGAAGUGAAUGGAGUUGGUAAUAAAACUAAUUUGAAAGUGCAGGAUCAAGAAAAGAAUUUGGAGGGGAAAGAAGACGGGAUCGACAGCAGCAGCAAUGGUAAUAACCAGGCGUCGUCACAUCAACCUUCUCCAACUCCGAUUAGCUGUUGAGGAGGCGUGAUCGAUCCAAAAUCCAGUGAGUGUUGUUAAUGUUAAUGUUAAAUGUAGUAAGUAAUCGUACGUACCAUUGAAAACACAGGAGGAGGAGUUGUCAGACUUGUAUCUGUCGUGUAGAUGACACACUGUAGGAGUCUCUGUUUGAUAUGGGAUAGGAUUUUAAAAGAUAGGCUGUGGAUGUGGUGGUGGUGUCCGUGGAUGAUUUUUAUUUUUCACAUUUGUAGGUGUUUUUUGGUGCUGUUCUUUUUGGAAAUUGGCAUCUGCUGCUGCUGGGAUGUUGUCUGUUGUAAUUGUGAUGUCUUCUUGUCUGUGUUUUUCGAUAAUUGUAAGGUGUUAGUGUUGUAAAAUCUCAGUUUGCUUCUAGUGAAUGAAUAAUCAGCCAAGAAUUUUACGAUUUUAUGAA